AUGUCAUCCUCAUCCUGCGUAGACAUCCGCGCCUUUCCUUCGGCGGCCGGCAUGGACGAUGACGAUCCAAGCCGCCGGCCAGAGGCAGGGGGCCGCGAAGCAGCGACCGCAUCAGCACAGCAGCCUGGCUCUUCCAGCGCCCAAACUCGCAGUGACCUACACCACACACAUAGCACCUCGAGCCUGAGCAGCUUGGGUCGUCGACACUCGCUGACUUCGCCAAGCGACAGCAAUCCUUCUUUUGCCGCUCAGCAACGGAGACCCAGUGGAUCGCAGCCUCGAUCACCCAAUCUUCCAUCCCCAAGAGCUUCAACCCAGGACGCAAGCAGAGCCUCAACGUCCCGGGCCAGCCCCGCUCGGCCGUUUGCAAACAUGCGCACUUCCACCAUGUUUGAGACUCGAGACGCCGAGUCGUUCAAUCGCGACCGAAACCCUUUGGAGUGGACUGUUCCUCCUUCUCACUCCACCGGCUCGCGCGGGCUCUCCGCUGUACCUCGUGCAGCUACCAUCUUUCUCGGCAAGGAUCACGAGCGGUGGAAGCAGCAUGCUCGAGACUCGCUUGAUGGAGAGACGAUGGGAACGCAUUUGGCUUGGAAGCGGGGUACAGCCAGUCUGGUGGGCGUCACUCGCUCUUCAAUCUCGGCGCUGGGUUUGGGAGAAGAUGAGCCAAGCGAUGAUCUGUACAAUUCGCACGAUGAUGAGACUUUCAGCGCCAGCGGCUCGAGUGGGCCUCCUACGCGACGAGGCAGCCGGAGUCGCAGCACCAACAGCAGGAGUGGAAGUUGGGGCCAGAGCGUUCCUCAAAGCCUUGAUGCGGCGGCCAAGGCAGCCAUAGCACAGGGGAAUGGAGCGUCCAAAGUCGAUCAAUUACAUCAACGUGGCAGUACCGAGGGCAGCAGCAUGUCUAGCAGCAUGGUCGCCAGUCCGACGUCUCCGAGCAUGAUCACCACCUCAAAGUUUAGCCUGCCACGAUCCAGGCGUUUCAGCUCUAAUGGUCCUGAGGCCGCGUUCCUGCGGCAUGAGACAGUCAUUGGCAUCCAUACACCACGCCGCGGCUCCGCAAGCAGCGGCUCGGCGGGAAGUUCAGGCAAAAACACUCCUAACAAAGGUAGCGUUGGAGAGCGAGUUGCUCUAGCCCCUCUGUCUCAGAUCAAGACACCAACAAAUGGCAAGCCGAGCAUCCUGACCUUUGCCGAUGACGAAGCUGCAAAAGGUCGGGAAACAUCCAGAAAACCCAAAAAGAAGCCCCUCCACAAACGAGUGCAUUCCAGCGAACUGCUGGCGCUCGCGGCAGCCGCAGCAGCAGCUGCUGCCGCUGCUGAGGAAGAAGAUGGCACUCCGGACCAUGAUGAUGAUGCAUCCAAUGCUUCAGAAGACAAGUCCAGUCUGACAUCGGAGCAACGCAAUGUAUCGUACUCUUCGCUUCUGACAAAACCAGGCCCAGGACAUGCUCAGCCGAGAACGCCGUCUCCUCGCAGCGGACAGUUCAGAUCGCGCGCAUCACUACAGCUGGCGCGGCGAAGACGGCCCAUCCGAGUUGACGGCACACUGUACGAUCGAGGUGGACCUUUCCGCGAAGGCGCAGUGACGGAUGGACUCUCGGUGCGCCUCUUCUCCAGCGCGGACGGUGCAGAGCCUGGAUACAUCGACGAAGACGGGCACAUGACCUCUGUGGAUGAGAGUAGCGCCAUCUGCGACGAAGACGCUGAGCCGACCACGUAUCUCAUCACCACGCCAGAUAAUCGUGUCUCAUCGGCCGCAAAGCUGAGAAGAUGGGCUAUGGAUGGCGAGGGGAGAUUUUGGGCUGCCAUGGAACUCAUGUCGGUGGAGCGAAAGAUGCGCAACGCCGAUGGAGGCAUAGGAGGAGUGUCGAGGGCCAUCAUACGUGGAUUGAGGGAUCGGUACGUGGAGGAUCUGCUGGACGAAGUACAGAAGGCCGAGACCCUCAAUCCCACGCGCACUGGCGUGGUGGCAAAGGUGCUGAGAACCAGCGACGACAAGUACAUUCGACUCGAGGAAGACUAUCCGGAAGAAGCGUUUUUCGUCAUUGCUGGCUGCGAUGAGUCCGAGCUCUUCCCGGUGGUGUCGCUGGUCUUCUGCGGCGCGCUCAGAGCCAUUUCUGCCUUCCAUGCGGCAGGCUGGCUUCAUGGAGACAUCAAAUUGGAAAAUCUGAUGUUCGACGAGCAAGCUCGAUUGGUCGUCAUCGACUACGAGAAUGCAAACCCUUUCCGAGGCGUGCCCGGUGGCGACGGACGUGUCGCACUAGUGAGCUACGAUUGGAUCCCGCCAGAAGCUUUUCCAGGACCUCAAGGUCGUCGUGUAGGGCCAAGCGCAGACUUGUGGGCCUUGGGCGCGAACCUCGUCCGCGCCUUUGCCCUACGAGACGGUGUAGACGACAUCGAAGUGCGGGAAGCGCUUCUGGGCAAGGGUCAAAGCGCAUUCUUGAACUUUCGGCGCAAAUACUUGCUCAAACGACAAGGCGCCGGCUCGGAUCCAUCAUCGACCAGCACGACGAAUGCCCCGCCCUCUCCUAACGCGCAAACAUCAGGUGGAGAUCAUCUUCACGCCACAGUCAACUCCAUCUCUGUACCUCGCAUCACGACCAGCGACGAGCAUUUGAGCACAGAUGGAAGCAGGCAUGAAGGAUCGCAACACCACCACAGCUCAGAGUUUUCCAAAUCGUCCCCUGGUAGCUCGCCCUCGCGGCGUCAACCACCUCGAGCGUCGGACAUUGACCUCACCGCAAUUCUUGAAGGAGAAUCUGUCGACUAUUCUGCGGCCAGUCCUGGUUCCACGUCCAGCAACGCCACCAAGCCCCUCUCUCCGCCUGCCCCCUCGGCCGGUCCAUCGCCCGUCCGACUUCUGCGCGCCUUUGCAACGCAAGCGCCCGGAAUGUGUCAAUUCGUCUUGGCGAGGUGCUUAUCCGAAUUGCCGGAGGAGAGAGGAGCAGAUGCGGAAGCGGAAGGUUUGGAGAUGGUCAGGGAGCUGGAGCGACAGAGAGACGAGAUUGGGGACAGGAGCAUCUUGGCUACGGGAGAGAGGGCUGUCAGGACGGCCAUCGACCUGAGUGGAAGCGCUUGGGUCAAACCGAAAUUGGAAGCCGCUCGACAGAGCUUGGGAUUGGGGGAGUAG